GGCGCUAUUGUCCGACCCUCUUUAGCACCAUUUGACAAGACAGUAGAAGCAGACACAGUCAGACCACUGAUCGACCCGUGCUCAGGCGUGGCCUGCUGGAUUAUUCACUGAAACAGCUGCAGAGAAGAGACAGAGCAGCUUCCACCUCCAUUCCUUGUACAUUUUCUCCAAGACUGUCCAUCACUUUCCACGAUGAGUAUGCAACUUGAACUGAAGAAUGUGACUCUGAAAGCUGGAGAUCAGCUGAAGAUAAAAGGAGAAAUCCUGCACGAUGCUGAAAAGUUUCGGAUCGACCUCGGCUGUGACUCAGAGGACCUGGCGCUGCACUUUAAUCCUCGUUUCUGUGACGACACCGAUGGCUCUGUCAUCGUGUGCAACUCGAAGGAAGCUGGUUGCUGGGGCGAGGAGAUACGGGAAAUCAAAAACCCUUUAGAGAGGGGCUCUGAUGUCAAGAUUGUGGUGAAAUUGUCUUUUGACAUGUUUGAAGUGGAGCUUCCUGAUGGACAGGAGGUCCAGUUUCCCAACCGCGCCGGGAUGGAUAUCAUCACUUACGUCAACAUCAGAGGCGACCUCAAGCUCAAGUCUUUCAAGAUCGCCUAAAGCGCAUGCACGCUUCCACGACAGGUUUAUGGAUGAUUCUCUGCUCACGUUGGAGUGAAAUGAUCAACAUCUGUGGUUCCUCUUUGAGAAAUGUUUCUUUUUUUCACUUAAAUGUACCAUUGUGUUUAAAAAUAUAUAUCAUAAAAGCUUUAAGUUGAUGUUAUCUAGUAUGGAUGUCUUGAAGCGGUUGCAGACUUAUUCUGGAUUUCCACUCUGCUUUUAACAGUAAUAAAGUUUAUGUGCUUAAUGU